AUGAAGUUUGGCAAAAGCGUUUGUAUCAUUAACGUGGGUGGUACCAAGUAUGCUUUUCCAAAGGACGUAAUCAAGAAUUUCCCUCUAAGGAGAGUAAGUCGUCUCCACAGUUGCGCCUCGGAGAGAGAAGUGCUGGAAGUGUGUGAUGAUUACGAUCGAGAGAGUAACGAGUUCUUCUUUGAUAGACAUUCGGAAGCGUUCGGUUUCAUUAUGCUCUACGUGAAGUACGGCAAACUGCGCUUCGUCCCGCAUAUGUGCGAGCUGUCAUUUUACAACGAGAUGAUUUACUGGGGUUUGGAAAGCUCUCAUUUGGAGUUCUGCUGCCAGCGGAGACUCGACGACCGGAUGUCCGACACGUAUACUCACUUUCCCGAGGAGGACCACAAAACAGACGAUGAAUUUAGGGUGACGGAUGAGGCGUCAACCUCGGCGGAUACGAAGCAAGACUCCAAGUGGCUAGAGCGGAUGCGUAUGACUUUCGAGGAGCCGACCUCCUCUUUAGCCGCACAGAUUUUGGCGUCCGUGUCGGUCAUUUUUGUCAUUGUGUCCAUGGUUAUGCUGUGCGCGAGCACUCUUCCUGACUGGAAAACUGCCGAGAGCAAUACAGAGGAAGAGCAAAGGUACACAGACUCUUUAGAGCAUCCAUCCGGGAUAAUUGAGGCGGUGUGCAUUGGCUGGUUCACGGCAGAGUGCAUCGUCCGCUUCAUUGUUUCCAGAGACAAGUGCGAGUUUGUUCGACAUCCACUAAACAUCAUAGACCUUCUGGCCAUUACACCCUAUUACAUCUCCGUGACCAUGAUGGUUCUCACUGGAGAGAACUCUCAGCUGCAAAGGGCUGGUGUGACGUUACGUGUGUUGCGCAUGAUGCGAAUAUUUUGGGUAAUCAAGUUAGCACGGCAUUUCCUGGGCCUCCAGACUUUGGGGCUGACAUUGAGGCGCUGUUACCGUGAAAUGGUCAUGCUUUUGGUCUUCAUUUGCGUGGCCAUGGCCAUAUUUGGGGCAUUGGCGCAACUUCUGGAGCAUGGUCUGGAUCUGCAGUCUGGGAACGAUGGAUAUGCUAGCAUUCCUGCCGCCUGCUGGUGGGUUAUUAUCUCCAUGACGACUGUCGGCUAUGGAGACAUGUACCCCAUCACUGUGCCGGGACGUGUGCUUGGUGGCCUGUGCGUUGUUAGUGGUAUAGUGCUGCUGGCUCUUCCAAUCACAUUCAUUUACCACAGCUUUGUGCAGUGCUACCAUGAACUCAAGUUCCGUUCCGCUCGCUGCACCAGAAGCCUCUCUGUUGAGUUCCUCAACUGA